CGCGAGGCAUUUGGCUACUGUAAACUGCGUAAGAGGCCGGAAUAGCGACUUGCUCUGCGCUUUCCGGCUGUCGUGUGAAAGGCGUCUAGGUCCGGACUGAGGCAGCCAUGGGGAAGGUGAAUGUGGCCAAGUUGCGUUACAUGAGCCGAGAUGACUUCAGGGUCUUGACCGCGGUUGAAAUGGGCAUGAAGAACCAUGAAAUUGUUCCUGGCAGUUUGAUUGCUUCUAUAGCCAGCCUUAAACAUGGUGGCUGUAAUAAAGUUUUAAGAGAAUUAGUGAAACAUAAGCUCAUAGCUUGGGAGCGUACCAAAACUGUCCAAGGCUACCGGUUGACAAAUGCAGGAUAUGAUUACCUAGCUUUGAAAACACUUUCUUCUAGGCAAGUAGUUGAGUCUGUUGGAAACCAGAUGGGUGUUGGCAAAGAAUCAGAUAUUUACAUUGUUGCAAAUGAAGAAGGACAGCAAUUUGCAUUAAAGCUUCACAGACUAGGAAGAACCUCAUUUCGAAAUCUGAAAAACAAACGUGAUUAUCAUAAACAUAGGCAUAAUGUUUCUUGGCUUUAUUUAUCUCGUCUCUCUGCCAUGAAGGAAUUUGCCUAUAUGAAGGCACUGUAUGAGAGAAAAUUUCCAGUUCCAAAGCCAGUUGAUUACAAUCGUCAUGCAGUGGUCAUGGAACUCAUAAAUGGUUAUCCACUAUGUCAGAUACACCAUGUUGAAGAUCCUGCAUCAGUAUAUAAUGAAGCAAUGGAACUAAUUGUCAAACUUGCAAAUCAUGGGCUGAUUCAUGGAGAUUUUAAUGAAUUUAAUCUCAUUUUGGAUGAAAAUGACCAUAUCACCAUGAUUGAUUUUCCGCAGAUGGUUUCGACGUCUCAUCCCAAUGCUGAGUGGUAUUUUGACAGAGAUGUUAAAUGCAUUAGAGAUUUCUUCUUGAAACGUUUCAGCUAUGAAAGUGAGCUUUUUCCAACCUUUAGGGAUAUCAGGAGGGAGGACACUCUUGAUGUGGAGGUUUCUGCCAGUGGCUACACAAAGGAAAUGAAGGCAGAUGAUGAACUGCUUCAUCCAUUAGGUCCAGAUUAUAAAAACAUUGCAACAGAAGACGGAUCUGAAUUCUCAUUUUCUGAUGAAGAAGUGGCAGAAAAAACAGAGGUUUAUAGGUCAGAAAAUGAAAGUGAACAGAACUCUCUAGAUGAAUCAGAGGGCUGUGAUUACAGACCAUCUGGAGACCCUGGACAAAUAAAAAAAGAUGGUUUAUCAGAAGAGAGUGCUGAUGCACAGAGUUUUGAAAUGAAUGAAUUCCAUCAAGCUUUAGAAGAAAUAAAAGGGCAGAUUGUUGAAAACAACUGUGUAACUGAAUUUUCUGAGGAGAAAAGCAGAACUGAAAAUUAUACUGGGCAAGAUGGUCAGACAGUUCAAGGCGGAAUCUCUGCUGGCUCCGAAGAGCAUGAAGAUGAAUACCCUCAUCUAAUUGCCUUGUCAUCAUUAAACAGAAAAUUCAGAGAUGAAGAAAAUAUGGGAGCUAUUAAUCAAUAUAGAACAAGAACUCUGAGUAUCACUUCUUCAGGCAGUGUUGUAAGCUGUUCAACAAUUCCUCCGGAACUGGUGAAACAGAAGGUGAAACGUCAGUUAACAAAACAGCAAAAAUCAGCUGUCAGACAUCGACUGCAGAAAGGAGAAGCAAGUAUAUUUACCAAGCAACGUAGGGAAAACAUGCAAAAUAUCAAAUCAAGUUUGGAAGCAGCUAGCUUUUGGGGAGAAUAAUAUAUUUAGGAUCUUGGAUAUAUUUAAUAUAUUUUUUGAAGUUACUGUAAUUCCUCUUUUAGCCCCAAUUAGUCUUUUUUGGGCCAAGGCCAUUAUGUAUUAACAAAUAGAUAAAUAAACUCUUUCAUCUAUAAAUUUGGGUAUGUGUCUUGCCAAGAAUAAUUAUCUGCCAAAGCAAUCCAUUUUUCAAAGUAAUUCAGGUAACUAAAGUUAAAUAACUAUUUGCAUAUUUUUAAAAAUCUAAAUAUCAACAUUUUUGUUAUUUUCUGUUUUCUACCAAAAAUGGGUAGAUUACUUGGUUUCAAAUUCUAGCCUUUCUACCUACUAGAUUGUUUUCUUACUGUUAAAAUUAGAUUUAUAACUCCUUCAGUUGUUUUGAGGAUUAUGAUACAGUGCACAUAUAGCAAUUAGAACAAUGUUUAGCAUAUUAUAAGCAUUCAAUAAAAUAUAGCUAUUAGAAUAAUUAUAUUGAUGUUUCUGAAAUUCUGCUGACAACUUGGUUGCAUUUUAUUUGGCAGCUGGAGGAAUUCACUGCCUUAUUUUUCUUAAGAAGUAAAGAUAAGCCAGUAAUGCAUAAUUUACUUAAUUACUUGAUUAAUUAAUCAUCUGUGUUGUGCCACUUACAUUGGUAAUGUGGUCAUGAAAACAGAAACUUACUUGAGAUAGUCCCAGCACAAUUUUUACAGUUGGCAGCUUCUAAGCAGGCCUGAGUAGCAGAAGAGUUAGGGGCAGGGGAAGGUGAAGGGAAUGAGGAAUGAAACAUUCUUUCUCAUAUGCUUAUGUAAGUGGGUCCAGAACAUGUUCUCAUGUCAAUAUUAACAAAUACUUGCAGGAAAGCAAAUAAGUAGCCAUGAUCCCUUCCUCAAGGACUUUGUAAUUUAGUGAGACGUAAAUUUGAGUGUUUAAAUGUAUGCAUCUGAUUAUUGUCUCCUCAUUACCGAGUAACUCAGAAAAAGGAGAUCACUUGCAGCGAUAAAUGGUCACUAGAUGGCAAUAUCACCCCAUAAUCACCAAACAGGAUUACUUCCAUCCCUGAUUAUGUUCUACCAGAGGAAAUAUAGCAGACUUUUCCAAGAUUGAUAAAUACAGCAGAUUCCCUUUCACCUUUGCCAAAUUAACUCUACUAGCUACUUGCAAAACCUGUCAUUAUCUAAUAAAUUGGAAAGAUAUAGUGGCUAGAAAACGCCAAUUCCAGUUCCCUUGAAAGUUAUACUAAUUUUGGAAAUAUUUAAAUAGGCCUGCUUUGCAUUUUAGAUAUAUCUUUGAAUUGAGGUAUCCAUUUUUUAUAAUCUCUCGACUUUAAACCAUUUUUAUAAUAUAAAGUUGAAAACAGCUAAAUAGAACCACCUAAUGUUUAUUUUAGAAUCAUUUAUAUUCAGAGUGUUGAAAGCAGACCGAGACUAAAACCUUAUCCUCUUCAGCUUUACCUAGUUGAUUCAGUUGACUUUUGAGUACCUACGACAUAAAAAACUCGUUACUAUUAAGAAAAUCAGAAGACAAACAUGGUAUUUAUUUUCAGUAGCCUAAGAUUUUAUGUGGGCCAAAGAAUAAAUUAUUCCAAUCAGAAAUGGAGGCCUUACCUCAUUUGGGCAAAGAUUAGUGCUAGCUAUUAAAGAUUUACUAAUAAAUGAUCUGUUAAGGAAUUUAUUUUUUUCUGGAUAUGUUGUUUUGGUUGUCAAAAACUAAGGUGUUAUUAUAACAGUUAUUUUUUGAAGAUAUGUUUGGCUAGCCAUCAAUUAGAAGUUAGAGAGUUUGUCCUAACAGACAAGCUAUAAUCCUUACAUUUUAAAACAUGCAGAGUGAACAAUGAACAAAAACAAAUUUUAAAUUUUACUAAUGUAGUAAAGCUAUAUAUUUUGAUUAUUAAAACACUUUUUUUGCUUAGGAGUUCCAGAUUUAGAUCCUGGUUCUACACUUCCCAAACCUCAGGUACCUUCUGUAGCCUCGCUAACCUCAAUGUUUUUAUUUGUAAAAUGGGGACAUUUAAUAGUACCUACCUCAGACUCAUGAAGACUAAACGAAGCACCACUUGUAAAGCAUUUGUUACAGUGCCUCACAUAAACUAUAUGGUUAGUACUGCUAAAAUGACUUCUUAAGGUUACCAAAAGGAAAAUUCCAUAGGCUGACCACCUUUCUUCUUGUAAAGGUCACUGAUAUUUCAACUAUGAUCCUUUGUUGUGUAUUUAUCCAGACUGAAAGAGGUUUUUCUAGUAACCAUCUUACAUAGUCUUACUGUCCCCAUUAAAUAAACUUUUUCUACAAA